AAAAGUAUGGGAAGUUCCCUAAUACCAUUUUUGCAAAUAGAAAAAUGUUUUAAGCUGACACAAGGAAGACCAAAUAUCAAAAUUACCAAUUUGAACAAAAAAUUAUAUCUUAAAAGUUUGAAAAUAACUUAUCCAAAGUGGAAAAACCUGAACCAACUUCUACCCUUUGUACCUCCCAUUCAUCAUGAGUACUAUAAAUCUGUGCCACAUGAAAACAGAACUGCUAAAAAAAAAUUGCAAGCAAGAAAACAAGAUGAAGAAAGCAAUAAUGACAUAGAUCCCAGUGAUCUAAUCAAGGCAAGGAUAAAAAUAAAUUAGGACUAUGAUUAAUAAAAACUCUACCUUAGAUACUUACUGAAUAAUUUGUGUUUUUAUUAUUUUUACCCUGAUGAG